AUGCUUUUCACCACUUCCCUCAGUCUCCUGGCCUUCCCAGUAGGCCGGGCUAUCGCCGGCUCAGUCAUUCCUCACGACCAAAGUUCCACAAGCCAAACUGCUCCCAACAUCACUACGUGCAAUGGCAAGCUUUACACGUAUGAAAAGCUCGCAGGCUUUGGAUCAAUAAAGAGUGAUGCUCGAGACAAAUUUGGUGACACAAUCGGUGGCAUUGGAAGCGCCAUAGCUUUCGAGAAGAAGUCAUGGAAAUACAAGAAUGGGAUCUAUGAGGGCGUGGUUUGGGGCUUGCCUGAUCGUGGCUGGAAUACCCAAGGAACACAGAACACUCAAACUCGGCUCCACAAGUUCAGCGUCAAGUUUACACCAGUCGAAGCUACAGUGGCAAAGCCAGCAAGCUCAAACCUACAGAUCUCCUAUUUGGACACUCUGCUUCUUGCUGGUCCUGACGGUACACCACUGACUGGUCUCGACCCUACCGAUACCAUCACAUAUCCAGGAUUCCCUGCUCUUCCCUUGGCAAAAUAUACCGGUAACGGCUUUGGUCAAGCUGGUCCUGGCGGUGCCCGCAUCUCUCUCGAUACCGAAGGUUUAGUACUUGGGGACGACGGAACAUUCUGGAUCAGUGAUGAGUAUGCUGCCUAUCUAUAUCAAUUCGACAUUCAAGGCAAAAUGAUCAAGGCGGUUCGUCCUCCAGCUGCUCUUGUUCCCCAGCGCAACGGCACCGACAGCUUCAGCGCUGACUCCCCACCUAUCUACGACCCUGACCUCCAGAUUGUACCUGGGGACCCUACAAGCGGUCGAGGCAACAAUCAAGGUUUGGAGGCACUCACUGCCAGCCCAGACGGCAAGUAUCUGUACACGAUGCUUCAAAGUGCUACCAUUCAAGACGGUGGCAGCGCUGCAAAGAAGCGUCGCAACACACGUCUCCUCAAGUACCGCAUCAAGGACAAAAAGACAACUUUGGAAGCUGAAUACAUCGUUCAGCUACCACUCGUCUCUACAGGACGUGUUGCUAGUCAGUCAGAAAUGCACUACAUUUCGGAAACACAAUUCCUUGUUCUCGCACGCGACUCGAACGCUGGCCAAGGUGCUGAGAGUACAGAAUCUCUCUAUCGAAAUGCCGAUGUGAUUGAUAUCUCAAAUGCUACCAACGUUUUGGGGACAGCUGCCGAUGCACUCGGUGGACAAGUUGCCAGCAAGGAUGGUGAGCUGAAGAGCAAUAUUGUACCUGUUACUUACUGCCCAUGGCUUUCCUACAACAACAAUGACGAGCUGAGGAAGUUUGGUCUGCACAACGGUGGCGAGCAAGAUUCAAAGUUGCUCAACGAAAAGUGGGAGAGCUUCGCCUUGUUACCAGUCGACAAGAAAGACGAGAUUGGCAGGAGUGAUAGGACGAGCGAGGAUGAAGGAAAGCAGUACUACCUCGUGUCUUUUGGAGAUAACGACUUUAUCACACAGAAUGGUUAUAUCAAUUUUGGCCAGAAUCAGUACGCGGAUGCAAGUGGGUAUAGCAUUGACACUCAGGCUCUUGUUUUUAAAGUCAAGCUGCCCAAGGGGGCAAAUCCAUUGUAG